AUGACCAGUGGCAAGUGGGCCAAGGCUGUGAGACCUACCCAACUGGUCCGGGCCGUGAGACCUACCCAGAUGGGCCAGACCGCCAGGCCUACCCUGCUAGGCCGCGCCACCAGGCCUAUUCAGGACGUCCCGCCAAUGAGUGUCAGGGACGUGGAGAGCAACGGAGGGAGCCGCUCGAUCUCGGGCGACCUGGAUAAGCAAGUGUGCCUCAUGGUGGAGUCCCCCUACAGGAUCCUGAAGAUGGCAGCUAAAGGUGACCUAGUGGAGCUGGAGCGCCUGUAUAAAAGCGACCCAACACGAGUAGCCAUAGUUGACAAGCGGGGCUGGACUGCCUUGCACCACGCCGCCGCUAACAACCAGACGCAAGCCAUAGUCUUCUUGAUCCAUCAUGGUGCAGAUGUGGACGCUCAAGACGGCCUGGGACGGACAGCACUUCACACCGCCGUCGUCAAGGACGCCCUGGACGCCAUCGAUCUCCUCCUCAACAGGGGAGCCACAAGCAGCCUGACUGAUAACGAGGGAGACGCGGCUAUUCAUCUGGCGGUCAACAGCAACAAGGUCGGGUCGCUGAAGAGGUUGGUGGGCCGCGAAGGCCUGGUGGACCUGUACCAGAAGGACUGUAACGGCAGCACCGCUCUCCACAUUGCCGCCAAAUAUGACUACGAGGCCUGUGCCAAGUGCCUGGUGAGUUGCUCGAUUGUCAGGCGAUGCCCCAACCAGCCCUGCAACAACGGCUACCACCCCAUCCACCUCGCCGCCCGCAACGCAUCCAUCGGCGUCCUCGAGGCUCUGCUCAACUACGCUGAGAGCCGCGGCUGUGUCAGGAAGAGGAUGAUCACCAUCCCAGACUUGGAGGGAAAUGUGCCCCUCCACCUGGCCGUCCACGGAGGGGAGAUCAAGGCUGUGGAGAUGUGCCUGAAGAGCGGAGCCCUAAUCUCCACCCAGCAGGACGACCGCUCCACGCCCGUCCACCUGGCCUGCGCCCAGGGCUCCUGCGACAUAGUCAAGCUCAUGUUUACACUCCAGCCCGAAGAGAAGAUGAAAGCUCUGACUACACAAGACGCCCAAGGGAUGAGUCCACUGCACUGUGCCGCUAUGUUCGACCACCCGCAGCUUGUUCGCUACCUGAUUCAGGAGGGUGCCGACGUAGACCAGGUGGACCUUGAGCACCGUUCACCGCUGCUGCUGGCGGCUGCGCACGGCUGUUGGCGCAGCGUGGACAUGCUCCUGACCCUCAGCGCAGACCCCGCCAUCAGGGACGUCACCGACAAGAAUCUUCUUCACGUCGUGAUCAUGAACGGCGGCUCAGUCAGCGAACUCCUCACCCUCAAGCACGCCAAGGAUGCCUGGUCCCGUAUUAGCAUCAUGCUGAACGAGCAGGACUCUCUGGGCUGGUCUCCCCUGCACUACGCUUCCAGAACGGGGCACGUCAGCUCCCUGGCCUCGCUCCUCCGCCUGGGAGCCUCCGUCAGGACGAAAGACAACCGGAACGAGUCUCCCCUUCACUUCGCCGCCAAGUACGGCAGGUACAACACCGUCCGCCAACUGGUCGAGUCCUCCAGCGGGUUCCUCAUCCUUAACGAGUGUAACGACGAAGGGAAGACGGCCCUUCACAUCGCUAGCGAGGAAGGUCACACGCGCGUGGUGCAGUUGCUGAUCAGAAAGGGGGCGCUGCUUCACAGGGAUCACCAGGGGAGGACGCCCCUACACCUGGCCGCCGUGGGGGGACAUCAGCAAACCAUCAGUGCCAUCCUCGCCGUCCACAGCCAUACCCUCGACCAAACCGACAAGGAUGGGAACACUCCUCUGCACGCUGCUGUCAGGGCAAACAAGGCAGAGGUGGUGAGCCAACUCAUGACCCUCAACUGCAAGCUCCUGGAAAAUAACCACAAAUACAAGCCCAUCGACUACGCCAUCCACUGCAGGCUCUCUGAGGCUGCCCACGCGCUUGUGACCCAUCCUAGAGGCCCGUCGGAGGUGAUAUCGACUUCGAGUAGCCUGAACGGGUGUGUGUGUAUGGCGCUCAUCAGGACGCUGCCCAAGGUCUUCCAGGCCGUCAUGGACCAGGCCAUAUCCAGGGCCAGCGUUAAGGAGACAUCCAAGGAUUUCUAUGUAAGUUCGCAGGGAGAGGGGAGGGUCAGGUCCAGGAGAGUUAAAGGAGAGAAUUUUAAAGCCAUUACGACUAUAUUCUUUGCUUCUUUAAAGAUUAAGAAGGGACAGAGUGUCCCGGGAAGUCCUGGAAAGUCUACUGCAGUACGGUACUGCUUCGACCCUCUUCAACUGAACGAGGAACAGCUGCAGUCCGAGAGGAUCAAGCUCAAGAACCCCAAGUUCCGGCCUCAGCCUCUCUACGCCUGUAAUGCCAUGGUGGAAAGCGGCCGAGUCGACUUAUUGAUGCACCCGCUGACGCAGACCUUCCUGGAGAUGAAGUGGCAGGCCUACGGCAAGUACAUCCACUUGUCCAACCUGUUCGUCUACCUGGUGUUCCUCUUCCUGGUCACCGUCUUCGCCGUCGGGAUCCUCGGCAACAACAGCGCCGUCUCCGCCUACGUCAACGCUUCCCACCACUUCGACUACAAUAACACCACCGACGACUUUGAUCGUUAUGUGUACGAGGUGACAGAGAACACGGGGUGGAUGUACUGCAUGGGAGUAGCCAUCCUGGUACUCUCCGGCCUCAGCAUGAUCAAGGAGAUGAUUCAGUUCUACCACCACCGCCUCAAGUACCUGCUGGAGCCGAUCAACGUGGUGGAGUGGACGCUGUACCUGACCUCCGUGUGCAUGGUGCUGCCGGUGUUCCUGGGCACAGGCUGGAGGGCCCAGCAGUUCAACUCUGCCUCUCUCGCCGUCUUCACCGCCUGGUUCACCCUCCUGCUCUACUUCCAGAGGUUCGACCGGAUCGGGAUAUACAUAGUGAUGUUCCUAGAGAUCCUCAACACGCUGUUGAAGGUUCUGCUCGUCUUCUCUGUCCUCAUCGUCGCCUUCGGCCUCGCUUUCUACAUCCUCAUGUCUCACGGUGGCUACCUCUCCUUCUCCAACGUGGCCAUGUCCAUGCUGCACACCUUCUCCAUGAUGCUGGGGGAGGUAGACUUCCUCACCAUCUUCGUCUACCCGUUCUACCAAGAGAGCGUCAGAGGAGACCGGCUCCUCUUCCCUCGCACUACCUUCAUUCUGCUGGUGUUGUUCAUGAUCCUCAUGCCCAUCCUGCUCAUGAACCUGCUGAUCGGUCUGGCCGUCGGGGACAUCGAGAGCGUGAAGAAGAACGCCCAGCUCAAGAGAAUCGCCAUGCAGGUGGAGCUGCACACGGAGCUGGAGAACAAGCUGCCCGAGGUACUGAUCCAGCGGGUGAACAAGUCGGAGUUGCUCGUCUAUCCCAACUACUGCGGCGGGACACGUAUCCUGCACCGCAUCCUCAGUGCCUUCAACUUCGCCUGUCCCAUGAGUGACAAGGGAUAUGCAGACAUGGAGGGCACAGAGAGCGUGGGCAGGGACGACUACCUGUGGGAGGAGCUGGAGGGACAAAGGAAGCGGCUCCGGGACAUCUCUGCAACGCUCGACCAGCAGACUAAGCUCCUCAGGCUCAUCAUGCAGAAGAUGGAGAUUAAGAGUGAAGCGGACGAGUGCGACGAAGGGGUGUCCCUGGAUGACAUCACAAGGCAGCCUCGUACUUCCCAUGGAUUCCCCUCGACUUCAGCUUCUUCCAGGAAGACACUGCUGGCCAAAAGGGACUGACACCUCGCUGGUUUCCUUGGCACAUGAGCAAUGCCUAUUUUGAAACAAUGGUUUUGGUGCACAUCCCUUGCAGCGAAGUGACAAGCAUGACCUUCGGUAGUGUCGCACCCGUUCUGUCUGUGUAUGUGUGAUGAGACGCACCCCGCUUGAUGAUUAACGUAAUGAACACAAUUAAUGUUCAUAUAUUUAGAGUCCACAAAAUAUAUUUGUAGUGUCCACUACACUCUAGUUGGUCCAGCACUUGUUGCAGGAUAGUAUCUUAUUUUUAUCUUGAACACUAAUAUCUUGAACAGUCCAUUUGUAGUUAGUGCCCCUUGUAUAUUACCUUUUUUGCGCGUACUAUGACCAGUUUAUUGGGGUGUUGUGAUAUUUGGGUACAGGAUAACAUGUAACCAAGAUAUUCACCAGCAAGUCAAAUUUGAACAUAUGUAAGUUUGCUGUUUAGUUUAAACAUAUAAUAAAGCAAAAAAAAAUCAAAGGGAGUGGUAGGAGAAAAGCACACAG